AUGGCUAGGCUCAAUACCACCAAUCCCUUGGUCAACAAGGCACUUUCUAGAGAGACACAACCUAAGGCCUCGCCGAAUACAUCUCCCAAAAAGUCGACCCGGAGGCAAAGUCCAUCACCAACGUCCGACAUAUUCGAUGAUAUCUUGUCGGCCAGCGCUUCGGGUGCCAAUACGAGCCGACCCGCAUCACCCAACAAACUACCGAUACGGACAAAAAGCCUGCAAAAACGGAAUGUUGCUGGGGCCGGAGCUUUCGAUAUACUCCCGGAUAGCAAUUCGAUUUGCCCGAGUGAAACCGAAAACCGCGACUCACCUGGCAUGAAGAAAAAGCCAAGAGCAUUGGGACUCUCUCGUGUCAACUCGUUGCUAUUGUCACGGCCAGCCAGACCAGCUCAAACACGACAAAGGCCGUCUAUCAAGUCGGAUAUAGAUGAUGACAAGGAGAAUGAUGUAUCCGACGAAAUUGUCAAUGAACUUCCACUAUUCAAUGGAUCACCGCCUAGACAGUCUGCUAUUCAAUCACCAGCCAGAAGCAGGACAAGCCAUACAUCGGUGAGGGACUCGGUAAUCGCCGCGCAGCAUGAAGAAGAUCGGUCGGAAGGUGAUAGUUUUGACUCGCUGGACGAUUUCAUUGUCAGUGAUGACAAUGAAGUGAGCUACCAUGGAAACUCCGAAAAUGAGGAUUCCGAAACCGAGCCUGAGAUAAUCAUGCCUCCAUCUCCUCAACGUUCACCUAGAAAAAGGUUGAUGAGAGGAAGAAGGCCAACUCCACCGAGAGAAACAAUCUUGGAAGAAAUCCUCCAGGUAGAGGAAAAGCCAACGAGCCCUAAAUAUAAUGUAUCCAGGCCCCAGAAAAAGGAAUCGAGGAAAGAAAUAGUAAGAGCGAUCUCGAGCCCCGAGCCCGAGUCUGAGUCUUCUAUCACCCGAGCCGUCGCCCCUGAAUAUCGUGAUGAGCAAUCCUCAUCUUCCCAAUUCUGCAUUGGCAACGCCACGGAUAUAAUCAACUCCCUCAGAGAGCUUGAGCUAGACAGCGAAGAUGAAUUCUCAUCACCGGCAGCACGAAUCGAGUCAAGCUCUUCCCCAGAAGCACCAUUACAGCUUCCAGUCCGAAAUCCCCUCCGGUUUCUUGUUAAUCGCUCGGUCACCCCGGUUGAAAAAUCACCUAUCACACCAAUGGUGAAAUCUACGCCCAGAAAGGGCGCGGACAAGCCACCAAGCAAGACAGCCCUGAAAAAAGCCGAAGCAGCUGAAAGGCGCCAGGCAAAAGACGAGAAGAAGGCGUUUGACCAAAUCAAAGAGUCAUACGCCGAGACCUUCAUCCGGAUUCUGGAUGAGACCGUCGCGAAUGGGGAGGUUGCCCGCAUGACCCAAUCCACCGGCGGUAUCAAGAUCAAGUGGAACAACCUCCUCCAGAGUACAGCCGGCCGGGCAAUGCAUCACAUAGCAUCGCCUCGGAGCCCAGGUUCCAACCCCGAAUUCUCAGCCUCAAUCGAACUGAACCCAAAGGUCCUCGACAGCGUUGAUCGGAUCCUCUGCACGGCGACACAUGAAUACUGCCAUCUCGCCAACGGCCUGAUCUCACGACAAGGGGGACAUGGGCCCAGCUUUCAUGCUUGGGGGGCUCGCUGCGUCGACGCCAUGGCUGACCACCAGGAUUAUGGUGGUGGCCGCAUUAAAGUGACUACUAAGCACAGUUAUGAGAUCGACUACAAGUACUCGUGGGAGUGCCAGGGCUGUCAGAGGAAGUUUGGUCGAUCCUCUAAGAGCAUUGAUCCGGAGAGGCAGCGGUGUCCCUGCAUGGGUCUGCUGGUGCAGGUGAAGCCUAAGCCACGGGUGAAGAAAGUUGGAAAGACUGACGACAAGGAGAAUGAGAAGCCGACUGUGUGA